AUGUCGAAGAAAGAAAAGGAUCUGAAGAAGGGCCUGAGGCACCCUGCAAAGAUCUGCGCAAAGAAGGCUUGCGAAGCUGUGCCUGACUUCGUGCGCAUGGUCAGCAAAGUUGGUGCCUCUGAGGACGCCAUAUCCAAAGAAGAGCAGAACCAGAUGAGAGUGAAGCCGUCCAAAAGCUUCAAGACGGUAGAGAAAAUGUUGAGAGAUGAGAAUCUUUUGUCCGCCUUACUAGAUGAGAUGGAUAACGUCUCGUCAAGUGGCGAACUGCCAGAUUCUUGCGUGAGAUGCAUCGCAAAGCUGAGCACCGUCCCGGAGUUUGCCCUGCAGAUCGGGCGCUGUGACAUCGCAUCCCGUCUCUUCCACUUCGGGCAGAGGAUUCUGUCAGAGCCAAAGACAGGCGCAGCGCAGAAUUUAGACCUCGAUAAGGAGCAUCCGGAAACCUACUACACAAACAUCACAGCCAGUCUUCUCGAGAGCAGCGCAGAGUUCCGCGAGGCUGCGCGGCAAGCCGGGCUCCUGCGUCAGUUCAUUGCAAUCUCUUAUCGAACAUGGGAUACUGCGUGGUGCCACUGGCGGGGGGACAACAUAUAUUUUCUCUUCUUCAGCAUACAGCAAGCUGCCCUUAUUUUCAGGGCCUAUGCCGAGCACUCCGUGCAGAACCUGAGGGACUUGGCGGUCGAUGUUGGGGAGUGGGCCUCAGACUUCCUGCUCUUCAUGGACCAAACCUGUGACAGAGUAACAGAAGAACCAGCUCUUCAGUGUCGACGUGCUAAGUUCUUCGAGUUGCUCUUAGACACUUACGCUCGGCUGCUGGCAGCCAUCGUGACGCACGACCUGAGAGCGUUUCCAGGCAUUGAGAGAAAUUCCCAGGUGUUUUCCGAGAUCCUGACCACCAAAGAUUCUCCGCUACUUCGACACUGCUGA